AUGGAGGCAGAAUCGUUGGACACAAGCCGUAGCUAUAAAGCGGAAGUUGGCGAUCUGAUCCCGGACACAGACUUGUAUGAUGAGGACGUCUACGAUGUCCCAGUCGCUGGGCUUCUCUCCGAAAAGAGCGAGUCCUGGUCCUCGGAGCCCGGGGUUCCGCAGCUCCGCCUCAGGAGCCGGCCAGGUCGGGCCCGGUCCCUGCGCGCCCGCCACCUGUGGCUGACCCUGCGCGCACAGCUCCACAAAGCGGUGGAAAAGGAGAAGAAGGAGGAGAUGCAGGUCGCUCGCCUGGCGCACGGGCUGGAGCCGCUGCGCCACCUGGAGGUGGCGGCCGGGCUGUGCUCCGUGGCUCAGGACAAGGCGGCCCAGCGCUUCGUGGUGCUGGACCGCGCCGGCUGGCUGCACCUGCACACCAGGGACGGCUGGGCGCAGGGGAAGCUGCAGGCCCCCGUGCCGCUGGCGGGGCUGGUGGCAGUGCCCCCCCCUCUGGGCGCAGUGGGCCGCUUCAUAGGCUGGGGCCCGGCUGCGCUGGCCAUCCUGAGGCCGGACCUCAGCCUGCUGUGGCUGAGCCACUCACACGUGGACGGGGCGCUGGGCAGUGAGCCCACCUGCUGCCUGCCAGUGCCCAGACUUGGGCUGCUGCUGGUGGUUGAGGUGGGCGGCAGCCUGACACUGUGGAAGUUCCGCUCGGGGGGCCGCCGCCUGGUGCCUCACAGGUUGCCCCUGCAGCUGCCGCAGAGGCUGAGCCAGACAUUCAGGCGUCUGGCUCUGGGGCCGCCGGACCUCCACAGCCAGUACUGCUUCGCGGCCUAUGGCUCCACGGUGCUCACCUUUGAUCUGGACGCCUGGGCUCUGGUCAAUGUGUGCCAGAAUCUUCACAAAACAACCAUCUUGGACCUGGUUUACUGCAAGGAGAUACGGGCUGUGGUGACUGCCUCCCGGGACAGCACAGUGAAGGUGUGGGAGGCGGACUGGCAGAUCCGGAUGGUGUUCGUGGGUCACACAGGCCCAGUCACGGCUAUGGCCCUGCUGCCAAACACCAGCCUGCUGCUGUCGGCCUCGCAGGACAGGACGCUGCGGACGUGGAACCUGCAGACUGCAGAGCAGGUGGGCGAGGUGGCGCUGGACCACUGGGGCCGGGAGGAGCACGCAGAGCCGGCCGACUGCCUGCUGCCGCCCGUGGGUCCUGGCUGGCCGGUGCUCUCGCUGUGCUCCACCGGCGUGGACCUGUGGAUCCUCCGCCACCUCUACUCGCCCUUGGCGCAGCUGCCUGCACCGGUGCUCCACCUGCAGGUGGCACCCACGCUGCCCGCCCCGUCUCAGCCGCCCCUGCCCAUGCGCUUGGUGUGUGCCUGCGCCGACGGGUCGGUGUGCCUGGUGUCGGUGGUGACCGGGAGGAUGGUGAGCGCCCUGCCGCUGGGGCCCGAGGACCGCGCGGCCGCCGUGGCCUACUGCCUGCCGCGGGAGGCGCUGUGGCUGCUGACGCAUGAUGGGCACCUGAUCCGCGCCAACGCGGCCCGCAGCCCAAUGGAGGUGCUGCACCGGCACCACCCGCCGCCGCUGCCCGCGCCGCAGCCCUGCGCCCUGCACCUCUACAGCCACCUCCUGGAUGCGGCCGGCGCCGCCACCUGCUGGGAGACUGUGCGCCAGCACCGGGGGGACAUGAGCUGCGGGGCCGUCACCUGGGCCUGGAAGAACAAGAACAGAGCGGAGCUCUUGCAGGCAGUGUCCUUGUGCUCGAAGUCCGGCCCUUCCCGGGGCCGGAAGCUGACGCUGUCGGCGCUGGGCGUGCUGGCGGCCGGCGGUGCGGGCCUGGCUGUGGCCCUGCAUUCUGCUGUCAGCGCUAGUGACCUGGAGCUGCACCCCCCCAGCUAUCCGUGGUCGCACCGUGGCCUCCUCUCCUCCCUGGACCACACCAGCAUCCGUAGGGGUUUCCAGGUAUAUAAGCAAGUGUGCUCUUCCUGCCACAGCAUGGAUUAUGUGGCUUACCGCCACCUGGUGGGCGUGUGCUACACGGAGGAUGAAGCGAAGGCCCUGGCUGAGGAGGUGGAGGUCCAAGAUGGCCCCAAUGAAAAUGGGGAGAUGUUCAUGAGGCCAGGAAAACUGUCUGACUACUUGCCAAAACCGUAUCCCAACCCGGAGGCUGCCCGAGCCGCCAACAAUGGAGCCUUGCCCCCUGACCUCAGCUACAUCGUGAGAGCUAGGCACGGUGGUGAGGACUACGUGUUCUCCUUGCUCACGGGCUACUGUGAGCCACCCGCUGGGGUUUCACUACGAGAAGGUCUCUACUUCAACCCCUACUUCCCCGGCCAGGCCAUUGCCAUGGCCCCUCCCAUCUAUAACGAAGUCUUGGAGUUUGAUGAUGGCACCCCCGCUACCAUGUCCCAGGUUGCCAAGGAUGUGGCUACCUUCCUGCGCUGGGCAUCUGAGCCAGAGCACGACCAUAGAAAACGCAUGGGCCUCAAGAUGUUGAUGAUGGUGGGCUUGCUGCUGCCCUUGACAUAUGCCAUGAAGCGGCAUAAGUGGUCAGUCCUGAAGAGUCGGAAGUUGGCAUACCGGCCACCCAAGUGAGCCUCUCCAAGGCUGGCUUCCUUCUUGCCUGAGCAGACCCUCGAGCCCAGGAGCCAUCCUAAGGCAUGUUCAGGCCUCAGCUGCUCCAUGUGGCCCAGCCCAUCUUUAUUUGGGACAAGAGGGGGAAGGAGACCAGGCUCUCACUCCAGAUCUUCCUUCAGCCCUCAUCAUGGAAAUAAAUUAAGUUUCUCAACAUUCA